AUGAAUCGAAAGUUAGAAAAACUUGCGAAACGAAAACAAGAGAAACAAGAAGUGUGGAGAGACGAAGGAACAAAGGAAGACGACGACAAUUUCGGCUCGAGAAACAUCACUUCUCGGACGGAUGGGGAUCCUGAUCGAAUACCAAUCUUUAAUAUCUUGGAGCAAGCAGGAUUUGAUACAGUUAACGACCCGCGUUUUACUGAUGAAGUGUUGCAGUCACUUCCGAAAUGGUCGGAAGUUAAAGAACUGUAUGGGGAACCGAAAGUAAUGGGGUUGGAGACAUGCGAGUAUUAUCGGGAGAGCGUUGACGAGGCGAAGUGGAAACUAGCGGUGGCUGGAAACUUUAAUAGUGGAACCAACUUUUUGCACGAGUUGCUGCGGAAGAAUUGUGUCUCUCCACCGCUGUGGCAAGUUCCUUGGGGAAAGCACUAUCCUGCUUAUUUCCGAGAGACGAACCAGGUUCAAAAGAUGAAGGAUGUGCACUAUAGCAAUGUCAUGCCCGUUGUAAUGGUUCGAGAUCCGUACACAUGGAUGCAGUCCCAAUGUCGACAGCCUUACAAUGCUCGAUUUGAUCACAACAAGAGUACAUGUCCCAAUAUUAUUCCAUACAAUACAGAUAUUAUCGAUCAUCCCCGAUACGCCAGUAUGAAAUACGUUCCUAUUCAUGUCACCUAUUCCAAAGAACCACACUUGAAAUACAAGCAUCCCUCCUUGGCACACUUUUGGAACAAUUGGAACAACGAGUACGUCUACAACCGCACAUCCGAAUUCCCACGUUUGAUUGUCCGGAUGGAAGACUUGGUCUUUCACGGCGAAACGGUAGUUCCGCAAAUCUGUGCCUGUGCGGGAUUAAAAACCAAGGGCAAGUUCCAUCACAAACGGAAUGUGGCCAAUUGGAACAAUGGAAUCGAUAAGAACCCAUUGCAUGGUGCUGGACUUUUGCAAUCCAUAAUUCGGUAUGGUAAUCCGGAAACCAAACGAACAGGAUACACGCCGUGUCAGCUGUGGGCCGCCAAGAACAUCUUGGACAACAAGUUGAUGAAUGCCUUCGGCUACAAUUAUGUGGAAAAGUUUGGGGACAGUCCUAGUGAUUGGGCAGACUGCUUUGGAUACCUAAAAGAGAGCUAG